UCAGUUCAGUUAUGUGUUGACGAUCAGUGGUCGACAUUUUAGUGGUCGACACUUAACGGUUGGUCGUCGAGUGGUUGACGUCAGUUCAGAUGUGAGUUGGUGAAUAGUGGAUAUCCUACGGUACAAAUAUCAUGGUGGAUGUUGCUUCUGCAUUACAUUAUCUUCAUCAUGAAUGUGAGCAACCAAUAAUUCAUUGUGAUUUAAAGCCAAGUAAUGUCCUCCUCGACAAUGAGAUGGUUCCUCGUGUGAGUGAUUUUGGCAUAGCAAAACUUCUCUCAACCAUCAAUGAUACCACUUCUAAACAAACAAGUACAAUUGGAAUAAAGGGAACUCUUGGCUAUAUUCCUCCAGAGUAUGGAGUGAGCUCUGAAGUAUCAACUUACGGUGACAUAUUCAGCUUUGGGAUUCUUGUGCUGGAAAUGCUUACAGGAAAAAGUCCCACAGAUGAAAUGUUUGAAGAUGGUCAAAAUCUUCAUAACUUUGUAACAGUUUCAUUUCCUGAUAAUCUUUUGCAAAUUUUGGAUCCACUACUUGUUCCAACAGAGGAAGCAGCAGCAUUGAAAGAAAACAAAUGGAAUCUUGAUCCAAAUGUUGAGAUGUGCUUAGUUUCCCUUUUCAGGAUUGGGAUUUCUUGUUCUACGAAAUCACCAAAAGAUAGAAUGAAUAUCGCUGAUGUCACUAGGGAGCUUAACCGAAUCAGUGAGUACUUUCUUGUUGGUGUGGAAACAUCAAAGUAGUUAAAGCUGAAAUCAAAUGUGCUUCAGUCAUUUAGGAAACAGGUGUUUGCAGUGCCAUGUGUUUCCAAUAAAAGUUGAACAGGGUGCAAAAUUGUCUAUUAAUUUUCCUCAGUUUUCUAGCUAUCUGUAUAAAUCAAAUCCAUCUUUCAAGUAACAUAUACUAUGUACUGAGGGAUUUAAUAUUCCUUCUGCUUAGUAAACUUGUA